AUGGAGUUCACAACCUAUGACUACGACUAUUCAAUGCCGUGUGAAAAAGUCAACAUCAAGAUGCUGGGGGCCCAGUUCCUUCCCCCACUCUACUCCCUGGUGUUUGGGGUUGGCAUGUUGGGCAACAUGAUGGUGGUAGUGAUCCUCACAAAAUACAGGAGGCUCCGGAUCAUGUCCAAUAUCUACCUGCUCAAUCUGGCCAUUUCUGACUUGCUCUUUCUAUUCACUGUGCCAUUCUGGAUUCACUAUAUUGUGUGGCACACGUGGAUUUUUGGCAAUGGCAUGUGUAAGUUCCUCAUAGGACUUUACUACACGGGCUUAUACGGUGAGAUCUUUUUCAUCAUCCUGCUGACCAUAGACCGGUACCUGGCCAUUGUCCACGCCGUGCUAGCCCUUCGAGCCCGCACUGUCCUUUUUGGCAUCAUAACCAGUUUCAUCACCUGGGGUCUGGCAGGGAUAGCAGCCCUCCCCGAACUGAUCUUCCAUAUGUCCAUAGAGGAAUUUGAAGAGACUAACUGUAUGCCUCUCUACCCAGUGGAUAAGGAAAUUACCUGGAAGCGUGUGCAGGCUCUGAAAAUGAAUAUUUUGGGUCUUGUUCUACCUCUCCUUGUUAUGGCUGUCUGCUACACAGGGAUCAUUAAAACCCUGUUGAGGGGCCCCAGUAAAAAAAAGUACAAGGCCAUCCGGCUCAUUUUUGUCAUUAUGGUGGUCUUUUUUAUUUUCUGGACACCUUACAAUCUGAUUCUCCUACUUUCCACUUACCAAGACAUCUUCUUUGAGGACAACUGCGAGCAGAGCAAACAGCUGGAUCUGGCCUUGCAGGUGACUGAGGUGAUCGCCUACACACAUUGCUGCGUCAACCCGGUGAUCUAUGCCUUUGUGGGAGAGAGGUUCCGGAAGUACCUGCGCCACUUUUUCCACAGGCGUGUGGUCACCAACCUGGGCAAAUACAUCCCCUUUCUUCCUAGUGAGAAGCUAGAAAGAACCAGUUCUAUAUCCCCAUCAACAGGGGAUCAGGAACUCUCUGCUGUAUUUUAG